CACAACCUUCCUACUUUCAUCUUCCACUUCGAAGAAUUGAUGGCGAUAGUUUGUCAUCGCAGAAACUUUGUGACCUUGAGCAUUCAUUACUUCAUCGGGGCGGUGUAAGAGGCCCGCGCACCACACUCACCACACGCUCGCCGCCGCCUGCAGCAUGACCUCAGCCUAGACUGGCCGCCACAUGCAAGAACAAGAACAAGAACAAGAGGACGUGUGAGACUGAAUAAAGAGAGACAGGAGAAAAAAAGAAAAAGCUUUUGUCCAGGUGAAAAUAUAAGAAUGAGGAAGAAAACAGUCAUUGCUCAAGAAAUGCGGGAAGAGUUGAAAUAAGAAGGAAAAUAGAGUAACAGAAAUUAAAGAAACUGUUCAGAAAGUGUAAGAGUAACAAGGAAAAAAAAAAAACAAUAGCAGGAACGAAAUUUUAGUUAGCAUCACCGGCAACUCCACAACCACCAACAACAACAACAGCAACAAUGGGCUUCGAUCUGCGGUGUGUUGCCAACUGCGGCGUGACCCUUGGCGUGCUGGAUCUGCUCCACGCCCUCGCCACCCUCGCCUUCUACAGCUACCAGUUCGGGGCUCACUUCAACUGCCAGUGGAGUCAUGGCAUCAGGUGGUGUCGCUACUACCUCGAGGAGACCAACCACAGCCAGAGGGUCAACCUGGGCCUGGCAGAGGGAGUGGUCUGCAUUAUUUUCGCCAUUCUACUCAUCAUCGCCCUCAGAAAGUACAACUGGUGGCUGGUGUGGGCGUGGCUGGCGAAGGCGCUGGCGGUGGUGGGGCUGAACGGGUAUUUCAUCACGGUGUGGAUUCUGGAGACCUCUCGCCACUACCACCAGUUCUGGAACCGCCACAACUACGACCAGAAUCAAGUGUUCCUGGUGGGGGGCAUCAUUCUGACCCUUACGGAGCUUAUCUUCAUGUUUGUCUUCUGCUGCAUCGUCGGCUCCUUCACGCACAAGAUUCGUAGGCAGCGAGUACCCACCAUGGAGACUGACAUAUAAGAAGACCCCGCCAGGAUGUGAGUCUCCGCUGCUCGUCCCGCCCCGUGCUGCACUCAAGCCGCGGCGAAGGGAGGGUAAGCUGCUCUGGUGGACACGUGGAGGAAAGAGAAGAUAUGUCGCAAGUCCGGUAUUUCACCAUCACCUUGUCACCGCACCUUGAGACGAUAACGUGAUGAAAGAUUCGUGGUUUUAAAAGUCUCGGAUGUUUUAGAUAGGUUUUAAUGGGUGUGGCUGGGUUCCUCAAGGUGUUUUCAUGAUUCCAGUGACUUUGUAGGGUGAAAGAGUCUUGAGAACAGGACUAGUCAUCUCUGUGGCCUUAGAAAAAUGGUCCUUGUGAGAUGAGAGUGCUUUUCAAUAUGAGCAUUAGUGUUUGCGUAACUUUUCUUUCGCUUUUUUUUUCUCUGUUUUUCUCGGUGGUUAAAUGGUGUGUUUUUAUUUUUAUUUUAUUAUUUCUUAUUUGUAUUUACUUAUAUGACUUGAUUUGCUAGAAACAGUGUUUAGGAUUAUGAGCUUUUUGUGAUUGCUUAAUUUUUCUUUCGCUUUUACUUCGAAUUUUCUCAGUAGUGAAAUGGAGUUUUUUUUAAUAUUAUUUUUUUAUUAUAUUUAUUUGUGUAACACGACUGACAGCGUCCGGCGGGUGUGUUCACUGAUGAUGCUAGGUUAUAAUGCUGACUAGGGCUGACCAGACUUGCCUCUACAGCAUUUCAGCGUUGACCAGACUGCACCUGCCUCACUGACACUGUUCAGAGUACCAAACUAAAUGAUAAUAGCGACGUGAGACACAAAUCACGCUGAAAAAAAAAAAGAAAAAAAAAAAAGGAAACAGGUCCAAUUUUACCUUAUCCUCCUUUUCUGUUGAAUGAAACGCUAACAAUUUUGAAACACUGAAUAAGAAAAGAGAUUGUUCAGGGUAAGAAGUCAAAUAACCAUCGUGAAGUGAGACACAUUCACGUAAAAAAAUAAAUAAAUAAAGAGUCUGGUUUUAGAUAAUUUAACUUUUUUUUUUUUUUUUUAAGAAGGGCCAACAUCAGUGCAAUGUAAAAGAAAACGAAUCCAAGAAUCGUAACAUCAAACGAUCUAAAAAUAAGUAAUCUGAAUUUGAAGUUAGAGAGUUUGAAUUUGAAGUUAGAGUCAGUCUAUAAUGUUUUAGUGAUACGAGUGGUGGAAACAGCUGGUUAUUUUCCUUUUUUUUUCCUUUUAUAAAUUUUUCCAGCCUUUCCCUUCAUUUAAACACGAUUAUUUUCUUUUUUUCCUUUUCUUCAAUUUUCCAGCUUUUCCCUUCAUUUAAACACAUGAUAAUUUUCCUUUUUUUUAUUUUUAUUUUCCCUUUCAAAAGAAUAUGCGUAUAAAAAUUGUGCCAAAAAAUGUAAUCAAAGCCACGCCAUUGAUGUUGCCAUUAUGCAUAUUAAUACUGUCGCUUAUUCGUUAUUUAUCUAUUACUUAUCUGUUACUUAGUCUCCUUUCACUCCUUUGUAACUUAACCACUCAAUUAUCUUCGUUUAUCUUAUCACUCUUUCACUCCUUUUAAUUUCGUGCCCCGUUAGUUGACAUCGUUACCUUUCUUUUAUUUCACGUAAGAUAAAAAAAAUAAUAACAACAAAAACCAAAGGAAAUUACAACGAUUACCAACACAUUAAUAAUUCUGAGAAGGAAUCAUGCUGGAUUUAGUGAAGACUGUCGUUAUAUUUUUUUUUCUUCUUCUUCCACGUAUCCUUUUUUUUUUUUUUUUUUUUCUCAUCCUGUACUUCCUUCAUGCCUUUCCAUUACAUUAUCCUUUACUUUCUUCGCUUCCUUUCACCCCCCAAAAAUUUCCCCUUUUCUCAUACUGACCUCUUCUUUCAUUCAUUGCUUCCAUUGCUUCAUUAUUUCAUUUUUUCCUUCACUUAUGUUGAAAACUAUUAUUUCUUCAUAAAUCUUUAAUAUUUUCCUGGGAGUCCGUCACGUACAGAGAGAGAGAGAGAGAGAGAGAGAGAGAGAGAGAGAGAGAGAGAGAGAGAGAGAGAGAGAGAGAGAGAGAGAGAGAGAGAGAGAGAGAGAGA